AUCAGUCUUCUUAGUGCAUCAAGUGAAAAAAGUUGGAAAAAAAGGAUUACCAGUGAAAAAAAAUAAGUGAAAAAAGUGAGAAAUAAGUGAAAAAAUAAGUUAAAAGAGUGCAAGUGGAUUUGUGAAAAUUUUAACAAGUAUUAAAAAAAAAACGACAGAUUAGAGCGAUGGAAAUUGAAGAAUACCCCGAAAUUGAGAUGAAAAAUGUACAAGAUGCGGAAGGAUGGGAAGAGAGGAGACGGCAGUUUAUGUCUCAACCAUCUACUGUAUCCAGUAGACGACUCCAGGCUGUAUGUGUACGUAGGGCGAUUAAAAGUUAUGGCUCAAAACGCGAUAAAAAUGUUAUCCUUGACUCUCUAAACAUGACUGUGCCUAAAGGAGUUAUUUAUGGCCUUCUGGGGGCAUCUGGCUGUGGGAAGACUACUCUGCUUUCUUGCAUUGUUGGACGUAGAUAUUUAGACUCUGGGGAAUUGUGGGUGGUAGGCGGACGUCCUGGAACACGUGGUUCUGGCGUUCCAGGACCUAGAGUUGGCUACAUGCCGCAGAGUAUAUCAUUGUAUGGAGAAUUUACAAUUAAGGAAACUUUCAACUUCUUCGGAUGGAUCAACCUUAUUCCCGAAAACGUUAUUGUAGAACGCAUGGAAUUCUUCCUGAAACUCCUUGAACUACCCGGACCACAGCGGUAUGUAAAGGGAAUGAGUGGUGGACAGCAGAGACGAUUGAGUUUUGCCAUAACCUUCCUUGCGGAUCCGGAACUAGUAAUUCUCGAUGAACCAACAGCUGGUGUUGAUCCACUUGUACGUCAGAAGAUCUGGGACUAUCUUGUGGAAUUCACAAAGCCCGGUGCGAAGACUGUUAUUGUAACAACGCACUACAUUGAUGAGACACGACAAGCUAACCUAAUUGGUCUUAUGCGUAGUGGAAAGAUACUAACUGAGGAAGCUCCAACAAUUCUAUUGCAACAAUACAAAUGCGAUUCCCUUGAAGAUGCCUUCUUGAAGCUAGUUGUGGCACAAACACAAAUAGGACGUCGCAAAUCAAUUGCAGCUUCACUCAUUCAGCAAAUUCGUAAAGCAAGCCUAGGCAAUGCUGACGACGAUGACGAUGAUGACAGUGAUAAAAGUAAGGAAAGUGAUGAAGAAGGUUCCAACAAGUCAAACCAUUCUGACGACGAGACAGGUGAUUUUGGUGAUCAUGUUAAAAAAACCAAAGUGGAAAUAGACACAACACCCCUACCGAUUAAUAUGCAGCUUCCAGAUGAAGAUGAAGUCGUCCCCAAGACACUUAUGGAACAUUUAACACUCUUCCAAAUGCACCACAUGAAGGCACUUAUUUGGAAAAAUUUACUCUGGAUGAUACGAAAUGUGGGUGUUUUGCUUUUCAUAGCUGUUCUUCCUGUUGUCCAAGUAUGCCUAUUCUGUGAAGCAAUUGGUAAAGCUCCGAUAGAUCUCAAGAUUGCUGUAACUAACAACGAACUCCUAACACCAUUUGAUUGCCCCAUAACGGCAGGAUGCAAUAGUUCCUACCUCAGUUGUCGCUACAUUGAUUUCCUCAAACAUUCUGGUCUAGAUGUUGGAAUUUACAGCACCUACAGUGAAGCUGAGGAGUCAGUUAAAGAUGGCGACACAUGGCUCGUAAUGAAUUUCCCCGAAAAUUACUCUCAAUCACUUUUAGAAUGGAUUAAUCUUGAUGACUUUGACAAUGACGAAGAAAUCUACAACAUAUCCAUGGUAUCCGUUGCUUUUGAUAUGUCCGAUUUUGUAAUUACAAGUUUCCUUAAGGUACAAAUUCAAACAACGUACUCAAUGUUUAUUCAAGAAGUAGUGAAAGAUUGUAAUAUAACUCAAAAGCAGGAUACACCUUCACCACUUUCCAUAAAUAUGACGGCUUUUGUUUCAGAAGUACCGGAUUUUCAAAAUUUCUCCGUACCAGCUGUGCUUCUUAUUCUAGCCUAUGCAGUCUGUGUCACGCUAACAACGGGCAUUAUGCUAGGUGAACGAACUACGGGAAUAUUGGAGCGCUUUAUGAUUUGUGGAAUAAGCGGCAUAGAAAUUCUAAUCUCUCACUUGGUCUCACUGAAUAUCGUUAUGAUGUUUCAAGUAGGAACUGUCCUAAUUUGUGUCUUCAUUGUCUACGACAUUAACAUUCAGGGAUCAAUCGUUCUUGUCAUUUUUAUGACACUCCUCAAUGCUUUCUGCGGAAUGUGCUUCGGUUUUGCCAUUUCCUGCACAACGUACGACGAACGCUUAGCCACUUACAUGGCACUCGGAAGUUUUAUGCCCUCCUUCGUUCUAUGUGGCGGCUUCUGGCCCAUUGAAGGUAUGCCAGAUGGUUUGCAACAGAUUGCCUAUGCCAUGCCAAUUACAAAUCCAACAAUUGCUCUACGAAGUAUCCUCCUCAAAGGAUAUGGUUUGGAGGAGUUUGAAGUUACUCUGGGUUUUAUAACAAUAAUUGCGUGGAUUUUUAUUCUUUUAGGAAUUUGCAUUACAUCUCUUAAGUUCAAAAAAGAAUAAUAAUAAAGAAUUCUUUAGGAAUCCGUCUCAAAUUGUCAAAAAAAAUAAAGUUUUAGUAGUUGUUUCAUUAAAAGAUUUUGCGGUGAUGGACAAUAUGGGAAAGAAUUGUUUGUAAUUUUUUUUUAAUGAAUGAUUUUGGAAAUAAAUUUAUUUGAAAAAAAAAGAAGAAAA